AUGGACGCGGCGAAGGCCGCGAAGAAGGGCAAGGAGACGGACAUCUCCAAGCUGAUCGACUCCAUUGACGACGACGAGAAGGAAAAGGCGCGCGCCGGCGCCGACGCCAUCGUCGAGUUCAAGGGCGAGGCCGGAACGAUCGUACCGGAGACGAAGAAGCGGUACAACUACAGCGCGCAGAUCAUCCCGCGGCUCGCGAGCAAGUGGCCGAAGCCCCCUUGGCACGCGCCGUGGAAGCUCUACCGCGUCAUCUCCGGCCACCUGGGUUGGGUUCGAAGCGUCACGGUGGACCCCUCCAACGAGUGGUUCGCGACCGGAUCCGCGGAUCGAACGAUUAAGAUCUGGGACCUCGCCUCCGGGCAGCUCAAGCUGACGCUGACGGGUCACAUCGAGCAGGUGAUGGGCCUGGCGGUGAGCGACAGGCACCCCUACAUGUUCUCGUGCGGCCUCGACAAGAUGGUCAAGUGCUGGGACCUCGAGUACAACAAGGUGAUCCGCCACUACCACGGUCACCUCUCCGGCGUGUACUCGCUCGCGUUGCACCCCGCGCUGGACGUGUUGAUGACGGGCGGCAGGGACAGCGCGUGCAGGGUGUGGGACAUGCGGACCAAGACGCAGGUGUUUUGCCUCUCCGGCCACGACAACACCGUCGGGUCCAUCGUGUCGCAGGAGAACAACCCGCAGGUGAUCACCGGCUCGUACGACAGCACGGUGAAGUUCUGGGAUCUCGCCGCGGGUAAGUGCCAGCACACUCUGACGUACCACAAGAAGGGCGUGAGGGCGCUCGCGCUGCACCCCAGGGAGUUUACGCUCCUGUCGGCGUCGGCGGAUAACAUCAAAAAGUUUGCGCUGCCCAACGGCAGGUUCAUGCACAACAUGCUGUCGCAGCAGAAGUCGAUCGUGAACUCGCUCUCGGUGAACGAGGACGACGUGGUGGUGAGCGGCGGUGACAACGGGUCGCUAUACUUCUGGGAUUACAAGAGCGGGCACAACUUCCAGCAGGCGGCGCCCAAGGUUCAGCCGGGUUCGAUGGAGUCGGAGGCUGGCAUAUUUGCCUCUGCGUUUGACCGCACGGGAACCCGCCUGAUCACCGUGGAGGCGGACAAGACGAUCAAAAUGUGGAAGGAGGACGAGGACGCCACGCCCGAGACGCAUCCCAACCUGGAGUUCCACCCGCCGCGCGACCUUCGGAGGUUUUAG